AAGAAUAGAAUGAUGAACUCUUUUGUAAAAUGGGCGCUUAUCCUGUUCGUCCUCGUCUCCAUCAUUCUCAACAUCGUCCUGAUCGGUAUCCACACCAGCAAGGCACCUAAAUGUUCCACUCAGCGUGUCCACCCGCUAAAGCGCAAACACGACGAGCGCAGCCUCGUGUUCGCUGACCUCAGCCGGCAGGAGUACUUGCAGGUCCAGCAGUUCAUGCUCAAGCAGAAAGACCUGGACAUAUCCACCAACCAGAUCACCAAGCCAUGGGGAAAUUUCUUGUUUUUAAUAGAUCUAUCUCUGCCCAAAAAAGCGGACGCGCUGGCUUACUUGGACGGGAAAAGCGCCAAGCCGGAUAGAGAGGCUACCGUGGUGGUCUUUCACGGCGCAAAAGGCUGCGUUAAGGAGUACGUAGUGGGGCCUCUUCCCAACCCGACAUACCACAGAGAUGUCACCAUGGAGAGAUACAACAUGGAACUGCCUAUCACUGCGCGUACGGUCACCAUCGGGGAGUACGACUUGCUUUUCAAAUAUGUGGGUGAGGUCUUCUCCGAGCUGGGGAAGCUCAUGAAAGAGAGCUUCGACGUAGAUCAGAACAAGAAGGUGAACGCGUUCGAGCAGAUGCCCCGUGGAAUUCGAUCCGAGGACAGAAAAACCUGGAUAUCUUACUUUAGGGAUAUGAGCGGCAUGUACAUCCACCCGGUGGGCUUCGAGCUGCUGAUCAACCACAAGAGCGUCAACGCGUCCGAAUGGAAAGUGGAGCGGCUGCUUUAUAACGGCCAAUACUUCGACACUGUAGACGAACUUAAAGAGAAAUAUGAUACGGGGUCUAUUAAGAAAAUAGUUUACAAGGAGACGCCUGACUACGGUUCACUGAAACCCAGGCGCAAGCCUCUGCAGAUCGGCCCGCAGCUGUUUAACGCAGAGGGGAAACGCUAUAGCAUCAGCAACAACCAUGUCCUGUACUUGGACUGGAGUUUCGCCUUCGGGCUCAGCUCUGUCACAGGCUUGAGGGUGUUUGAUGUGCGUUUCAAAAGUGACAGGAUAAUCUACGAGCUGAGCGUGCAGGAGGCCAUGUCAGUCUACGGUUCAGUGACUCCGGGGAUGAUUCUGACAAAGUUUCUGGACGCGAGCAUCGGGAUAGGGCGCUUCGCACACGAACUGGUCCGUGGCGUAGAUUGCCCCCAUGAAGCCACCUACGUGGACACACACCGCUACAUAGAUGUUUCAGUCCCAGUCAGAUAUAGGAAUUCAAUCUGUGUGUUUGAGCACAACAUGGGUCAGCCCCUGCGGAGACACUUCGCUGACUUUUUCUCCAAUAGUUACGGGGGGAUGGUGAACAGCGCCCUGGUGUUUAGGACCAUCACAGCAAUUGGAAACUACGACUACAUGUGGGAUUUCAUCUUCUACCAGAGUGGCUCAGUGGAGGCCAAAGUGCACGCCACCGGCUACAUCUCCUCUUCUUACCUGGUGGAUGGUAGUCUGAAAUAUGGACACCAGGUAGCCGAGAACGUGCUGGGGAACAUCCACACCCACUUUAUCAACUUCAAAGUGGACCUAGAUGUGUUGGGAGUGAAUAAUUUUUUCCAGACGAAAGACAUGGAAUAUGUGAAUGUGUCGCUGCCAUGGAUGCCUGAUCACUAUGCUAUGGUUCCUCAGCUGGUGGAGAAGCAACUUAAAACAGAACAGGAGGCAGCUCUGCGUUACGACACUAAGACUCCUCGCUACCUCCACAUCGCCAGCAACAAGACCAACCGCUGGGGACACCAUCGGUCCUACAGGCUGCAGGUGUUUAGCUUCACCGGGGACCACCUCCCAGAGAGCCAGGCCGAGGAGAGAGCCAUGUCGUGGGCCAGGUAUAAGGUUGCCAUCACCAAGCAUAAGGAUUUAGAGCAGUUCAGCUCCAGUCUGUACAAUCAGAACAACAUCUGGAAUCCAGCUGUCGACUUCAGCAAGUACAUUAAAGACAACGAAAACAUUGAAGACGAGGACCUGGUUGCCUGGGUGACCACUGGCUUCCUCCACAUCCCCCACUCCGAGGACAUCCCCAACACGGUAACUGUGGGCAAUGGGGGCGGGGUUCUGCUGCGGCCCCACAACUAUUUUGACGAGGACCCGUCUAUCCACUCUGCUGAUAGUGUGUACAUUGACCCGGGCAGUGAGGACAGCUGUGAGAACAAUAGGAUGGCCUGCCUUGCUCAAGAAACCUGCAGCCCCGUCCUUGAACCGUUCACCUACAACGGCUUUGACGGAGUCAUGAAGUUUGAAGAUUGGGUCUGAUUUAUUAUGCACUGCCUUGGCGUUGCUGCACCAAGCAAGGAAAUAAGUAAAGAAAAUACUUUCUCAUUUUGGAAAAUAUGCUUACUUACUUAGUGGUUCUGAAAGUGCAAGGAGAAGAUCAAUACCCUCUCAGAUUGUUAUCAAUCUUCUCCUCUCAUUCUUGGAUGGAAAGAAAAUAAUCAUAUUUCUCAAAAUGUUGAAAACAUUUUUUUUUUAAUAGUCCCAGUUAUUCAUUUAUAUAACCACAAAAAGGUAGUGAAGAAAAGAUCUUCAUCACACUAAUAGAGUCCUCUACAGAUUCCACCUGUCCUAGUCAUGCUGGUAUGGACACUGGUGGGGAACCUUCUCAGUGACCAAAGUUCAGCAUGAAAAUCAUAACUGUCUCCCUGAAAUACCAACUGUUCUGGGUCCUUCUAGGGUCGAAUAGUAAUAUAGCCUUGGCGGACAAAUAUGGCCAAUUCAAUGAUACAAUUAUAAUCUGGGAAACCAAAUCGAAACAUCUUAACAUGUCAAAUAAAUAGAAAUUCAGCAUUUAGUUAAAUCAUUGUUUGAAUAGUACACUUAAAGCGCCAUUUCAUUUCCUCUACAAAUCACCCUCAACUUACCUGCAAAUGCCACUAUAGCGCUUUUCAACUUAAAAAUCACCCUGAUUCAUAAGGCUGCUGUUAUUCUAUAUUUUCUUAUUGUCAGCGAAUCAAAACAUUCAACUUUAAAAGGCUUACAAUUAUUGACUUUACUAGAGGUCCCCAUGUAAAACUAGUUCUGUGUGAAUAGGGCUUUAGUUGUACUUAGUCAUUAGUUCUAAUUAGCAAAUGUUAGCAUUUGACUAGUAUUACCUGGGGAUCUUGAGUAAUUUGUAAUAAUUGGGGAGUUCGUCUGUGGUCUUAAUCCCGUGUCCUGUGCGAACGGGCUUAAGAUGGUAAACGUGGACAUUAGAAUGUUAGCAGUCAUUUUGAGCUGGUUUACAUGCUGAUGUUAGCAUUUAACUCAAAUAACCACUGUGCAGCUUUACAGAGCCAUUAGCAUGGCUGUGGACUUGUAGUCUUGUACCUUUUUUGGGGGUAUCGACGAAAGUUAGCAAUCCAUGCAGUGACAGAUUUUUUGUUUUCUUAUUUUCACUUCAGUAAUUUUAUCUGUAAAACUGAAGAAUUAAGUUGUCAUUGUUUGAAUAAAAAACAAAGUUAUAGGCUAAUCGUUAUUUCAGACACAAUUUACAACUUACCUUAACUUACAAGACUAUUCACUGCAAGUAGAUAUCCAUAGGGAAGUGAUUAGGACUUUGCAAGCAAAGAGGCUUUUCAAUAAUGUUUGCAAUAAUUUUUGCUUUGAUGGCAGGAGCCACUAUAUUAACAUUAAGUCAAAAUGUAUCCAAAUGGCAUUGGGAGAGUUUUUCUGUCUUGGUUUAUGAACCACUGUAAACAACAACUGUGAUAUCGUUGGUGUCGGGUGAAAAGCGAUACCUAAAACUGUUGGUUUUCAGGAAAUGAAAAAGGCGAAUUUGAAAGCUUUUUAUUAAGCUAUUUACCUUAGGUAAAAAGUUUCUGCUCGACAGCAACGAUAUAAACAUUGUAAAUUGACACUGUAGUAAACUGGGUGUAAUAGCGAACACUGACAAACAUGAUCAUUAAGUCUCCUUAGCAGGAUUGCUCUCUGAUGUGGCCCGAGGCUGGGACUACUGAACAUCUGAAUGAUUCAUUUUGUAUAAUCUUUCUGCAGUGCAACAUUCUGAGGAAUGUUGUUUCCUCUAAAAAUAAAAUAAUUAUUUGUCCAAGAA